AUGUCGGAGCUUACAGAGGACUUGCUCCUCGAUGUGCUGUCGAGGUUACCCGUAAUCAGUCUUCUGCGAUUCAGGUGCGUCUCAAAAUCAUGGAAGAUUACAAUUGAUAGCUCGUAUUUCAUCAAAUUGCAUCUGAACAAAUCAAUAAAGGACGUCAAUUCUCACAAGAUUUUUGCUAUCGGUAGAGAUCCUAGUACUGUGAAUGAUGUCAUAUUCUGUACCCUAAAUUUUGAUUUUGGAUUUGAAUUUGAAGGAGUUCAAAGGAUUAAGUCUCCUAUAGAUAAUUUUACUGAGGCGGUGAGUUUUAUAGGCAGUUGUAGAUUUUUAAUUUGUUUGAAAUAUACGGAUAAAAAAAUUGUUUUGUGGAAUCCUUCAAUACGUGAGCACAAGAUAUUACCGUACACCGAUGUUGAGAUUGAGGACUCUCGUGACAGGAAAUACACACGACAUAGAUUUAGUUACGGAUUCGGAUACGACGACCUUAUGGAUGAUCACAAGGUUGUGAGAUUGGUGUUUGAUUAUCAAAAUGGUGAUUAUGAUGUUGAAGUUUAUAGCCUGAAAUUGAAUGCUUGGAAAAAGAUUGAAAAGUUUCCGAUCCUUAUAUCUUGGAACCUCGGUGUGGCGAUUAGUGCCAUUGCCUGA